AAACAACAGCAAAAAACCCCUUUCUUCAUUUUCUGAGAGAUGACGAUGCACUGAAUCGCUGAUAGUAGCGGUGGUCUAGUGGAUAACGUUUCGGAGGAUUCGAAUUUCAACUCGUAAAGUAAUGGUGACUUCUACUCUGAUUCAUCAACCCUCCCAUUUUCUGGUCUCCGCAAAUCACCACUGCCGGCGGUGGCGGCUCCCCACUCAGGCCAUUGUUGUAACAAGACGCAGACCAAUUAUAAGAGCUGAAAUUGCUGCUGCUAGUGCUAAUGGCGCUGCUGCUUCUACUAGUACAGUUACUCUUGACCUCCCUGAUUCUUCUUCAUCUCCUUCUUCGUUCCCUCUCUUUCACCCGCCUUCUCAGCCUGAAGAAACACCUGCUUCUCAGUUGGAGCUGGCAGACCCUGAUUUCUACAAGAUAGGGUUUGUGAGAAGUUUCCGAGCAUAUGGAGUUGAAUUCAGGGAAGGACCCGAUGGGUAUGGAGUAUUUGCUUCCAAAGACGUUGAGCCUCUUCGUCGUUCCAGGAUCAUCAUGGAAAUCCCAUUAGAGUUGAUGUUAACAAUAAGUCAAAAGCUUCCUUGGAUGUUUUUCCCUGACAUUAUACCCGUGGGUCAUCCUAUAUUUGACAUUAUUAAUUCCACCAAUCCAGAGACAGAUUGGGACCUAAGGUUGGCAUGCCUUCUUUUGUAUGCCUUUGAUUGCAAGGACAACUUUUGGCAACUCUAUGGUGACUUCUUGCCAAGUGCUGAAGAAUGCACUAGCUUGCUUCUAGCUAAAGAGGAGGACCUUUUGGAGUUGCAGGAUCAAAAUCUUGCUUCAACUAUUAGAGAACAGCAAGAUCGGGCCCUUGCAUUUUGGGAAAAGAAUUGGCACCCUACUAUGCCACUAAAGAUAAAGCGUCUUGCUCGUGAGCCAGAGAGAUUUAUUUGGGCAGUGAGUAUGGCACAGUCUCGUUGUAUCAACAUGCGGAUGACACUUGGUGCACUGGUUCAAGAUGCAAAUAUGUUUGUUCCUUAUGCUGAUAUGCUGAAUCAUUCCUUUCAGCCAAAUUGCUUUUUCCAUUGGCGUUUCAAGGACCGAAUGCUUGAAGUGAUGAUAAAUGCAGGUCAACGAAUAAAAAGAGGAGAUGAGUUGACAAUCAAUUAUAUGGCUGCGCAGAAGAACGACUUUUUCAUGCAAAGAUAUGGAUUUUCAUCACCCGUGAAUCCUUGGGAUGUCAUCCAGUUCUCUGGAAAUGCACAAAUUCAUAGGGACUCUUUCUUAUCCGUUUUUAACAUAUCUGGCCUUCCAGAAGAUUAUUACCACAAUACAGGUAAGCUAUCAAACGAGGGAGAUAGUUUUGUUGAUGGAGCAGUUAUAGCAGCAGCAAGAACAUUGCCUACUUGGUCAGAUAGAGACAUGCCCCCAAUUCCUAGUCUUGAGAGGAAAGCUGUGAAGGAAUUGCAAGAAGAAUGCCUGCAGAUGCUUGCAGAAUUCCCGACAACUUCUGAGCAAGACCAGAAAAUCCUAGAUUCUUUGUCUGAACCGAGGAGGACUCUUGAAACAGCAAUAAAGUACAGAUUGCACAAGAAGUUAUUCAUAGAGAAGGUCAUGCAAACGCUAGAGAUUUAUCAAGACCGCAUUCUGUUCUAGCAACGGUCAACAGCACAACAUGAAGCUCUUCUUCAGACCUCUUCAGGGCAAAAUCCAGGCGGUUUGGUGUUUAAGGAAAUGUCUUCUCUUGCCGUUUGCUUGCACGAUCCUCCGCGUCCAUUUUGUAAAGAUUCAUCGGUCCUAAGAAUCUGGGUUUGCAGGAGGAAGAAGAAGAUACCCUGAAACUCUGAAAGGUGUAUUUCUUGGCCUUUGCUAGUGAACUUAACAGAGGGAAGUGAAGGUAAAAAUGAAGAAAGAAUGAUGACCUUCAAGUUUUGAAUUUACUCUUCAGUCACUUUGUUUCAUGGUGUAUACAACAAAACCUCUGAAUGGAAAUAUGAAUGACUGGACUAACCUAGGUACUAUGUGAUAGGUUCUCUUCUCUAUUUUGUUCCUUUUUGAUCCAA